UUUUAUCUUGACCUUUCACUUCUAUAUGUUUCGUUUGGACGAGGUUCGUUCAUACUACGUACUGCGCUGAAUAUUUAACAGUCUCAUCUCAGUAAGAGAUGUUCAGUUUACAGUUAUUCACUCAUCAUGAAGCAACAGUGGAAAAGUGAAAAAGACGCAACUGUAGAAGAAGGAUUACAACAGGAGCAACAGAGGAAUAUAAUCAAAUUCAAACAUAACACCAACAAUUGCAAAAAAUGGAUACAAUACAUCAAAUUGAUAUUUUUAUUAGAACUGAUGUUAUUCUGUGGAUGGGGUUGUUACAUGAUCUUACGAAAUUAUUAUUUCCAAGCAACGGAAAAUGAGGUUACGGAUAUCAUUUGUGAAAAAUAUCCAGUGUUCGAAUCAGUGCCUGAAGAACAGAAAUCACAUCCAACUACAGAUAUGCCAUAUUCAAGAGUGACAUUUGUCAAACCUCAAGUCACAAAUAAGUUAAAUAAUUUUCUGGGAGUGGAAUUGAGUAAAGAACAAGACAAGACAAUUGAAAUAGAUGUAGAUAUUCCAACGAGUACACCGAAUUCUAUCAGUAUGAUAAGUAAUAAUAUGGUGAAAGUAAGUAAUAUCAAUAAUAUCCUGAAAUCAUCGCCGGAAGAUUCAGUGUAUGACAAAGAAAUUAUGAAGAAUUUGAUGUCAUCGAAAAUUUCUUCGACAACCGAAUAUACUGAUAAAAUUAUUAACACUAACAAUAAUAAAGAUUCUGUUAAUUCUAAAUUUUUUGAGAAACUGCAAAAUAUAGCUAAAUCAAGCAAUGAUUUUCAAUGGUUUGAAAACAAUUAUGAUUUUAAGGAUUUAAUCAAUAAGGAUUUAAUCAAAGAUGCGGUACAAGAUAAUCAUGAUGGGGAAAGUUCUUCAAGAGAUAGGAAUGACGAACAAAUAAAUACCCCUUUCGACUCAGAUCUUGUGAUAUGUCCACCUUAUCAAUCUUAUGAAUCAUCUGAUAUGUCUCCAGAACAUUCAAUCAAAGAUUCUUCGACUUCUCAAGCUGUUUCAAUACCAGAAUUUAUAGAACAAAUAAAAAAUAUUUAUAAUAAUGAUGGUACAGAAAAUAAAGAUAAACAUAAUACGGAUGAUAGCAAUAUGUUGAUGUCAGCAUCAUCCGAUGUAUCUAUGUUUGGAAGUAAUGAUUAUUUGGAUGGUUUUGAAUGGCCGAAUGUAAUGCCAAAUUUACAAGAUUAUCAUUCAGAUUAUCAGUCAGAAAUUACCGCAAAUGUAAAACAAGAAGAAGAAAAACGUAAAUUUAUGAAGAAUAUUGAGUCUCUUUUCAAUUUCGAGUUUUUGCAACCAAAAAUACAAGAUAGCGUAGACUCUUCGACAUCAAAUGACAAAUUUCAGUGGUUUAAUGCGCCUCCUGUCUCUGCAAAUGAUCUACAACUUGGAUUGAAAGAUAUAUCAGAAUCGAGCCAGACACAAAAUCCAUCAUUAGGAGAUACAAUUAAGGGCAUGAACAUUAUUAACGCUUUUAUUCCAGAAAAAGAUAAAUUUCAUAAUAAGUGUCAGAUCGAAGUUAAACAGUUUAUAAUGUUCGAAAUUUUCAGAAUUAACUGCUCUGGAACUAUGUUUGAUGAACAAUGGAAUCUUGUCCCUCCUCCUACACUUACAACUGAUUCUUCAAACGUUAUUAAUUCCAAAGAUAUUUUCGGUCUCUCUGUGGAUGAUUACAAUAAUGAUUACGAUAAAGAUGAAAGCGAGCAAUUAAAGGAUGAUUCUGACUUCAUUUUUAAUGAAAAUUUUGAUAAAGAAGUUACAAGCUUGCAGCACAGUGCACCUGAAGUAACCGAUGGAAUUACAACCAGCAUGCCAAGUUUAUUUGAUUUUCCUUUCAAGAAAUCUUUUAAUAGAACAGAAAUUGAUAAACACGAUGGAAUUCAUAGCUCAAAUCAAGAAAAAAUAAAGGAAGAAAUAUCCUCUUCUUCUACAACAAUACCCUCUUUUACUUCUACAGCUGACUCAGAUUUCAAUCUCGAUUUUAACACAGAGUUGCAAGAGAUUUUUGAUACACUACAAACAAAAAAAUUAAAAGCCAUAAAAGAUUAUUCAGAUUAUAGAAACAUUUGCAGCAUUUUUCCUCAAUUAUGUUCCAUUCCUCCAAAUUCAGAUCGAUUACAUGUUAAUUUAAAACUCUUGAUACGCAAUCAUGAUAAUUCGUACUAGGACAUAAACUAGGACGAUUACAAUUACAGAGAGAAACGGCUGAUGAUCUAAUGAAGCUAUAAUGAAUAAGUAUCAUAUACAUUCGAAGAAAAACGUGGACUAAACGUUUACUACAAAAUUUGAAAAAACUUUUCAAAAAAUGAAAAGUCUUGCUGCUUGCAUUGAUAGACUUCAUAAACGUCUUCUUCUUAAUAAUAAACUGGAUGAUGAUUAUGAAUAUUCCUGGAAUUUGCUGGAAACUAAAAGAAUUUUUGCUGGAAACUAAAGAACACUGAGGAUUAUAUACAAACAUGAAAGAUAAGCGGAGAAAAUAUAUAUAAUAUAUAUAUAUAUAUAUAUA